UACUGUCAGUAACCAAUCACAUUAGGCAUUCAAUCGCUGUCAAGUGCCAAUUCCAAACGCUCUCGUUUCUCCACUCCGACCUUGCGAGAUCCGAGCGACUCAACUAUCUGAAAAUGCUGCGCCGAGCCACCGGACUCCUGGCCCGACCCAUUAUUAGCAGCAGGGCUCGACCCUUCUCGACGGAUCUCCCGGCCGCCCAGACGACUGACUCCAACUUCGUUGAAGCGUGGAAGAAAGUGAUCCCAAAUAUGGAGCCACCCAAGACCCCUCUCUCCUUCAUGCAGCCCCGCCCUCCUACUCCCUCUUCUAUCCCUUCCAAACUCACUGUUAACUUCGUGCUCCCCUAUGCUUCUGAGUUGUCCAAUAAAGAGGUUGACAUGGUCAUAAUUCCAUCAACGACAGGGCAAAUGGGUGUUCUUCCUGGACACGUAUCAACAAUUGCAGAGUUGAAACCUGGGUUGUUAUCUGUGCAUGAAGGAAACGAAGUAACAAAGUAUUUUGUUAGCAGUGGCUUUGCAUUUAUCCAUGCAAAUUCUUUUGCUGAUAUAAUUGCAGUUGAGGCAGUGCCCCUUGAUCAAAUUGAUGCCAGCUUAGUGCAGAAGGGACUUGCAGAGUUCACCCAGAAACUGAGCUCAGCCUCAACUGACCUUGAGAAAGCUGAAGCCCAAAUUGGAGUUGAUGUUCAUAGUGCUCUCAACGCUGCUCUCACAGGAUAGUUUUAACCGUCUUGCUUAUGCCUCCUAUUUUGCUCUAUUAAGUCUGCCUUAUCGACUCUUUGAAACUUGGUGGCCUGAAUUGUUAACUUUUCUCAAUCUCGUGAAUUUUCUCAACUAAAAAUUGAAUGCAUUCAUCUGGUUGUGAUGGAGUCGCCAGUUUUUUCGAA